AUGUGUUCGUUGAUAUUUAUUGCAAUUAUUUUAAUUGUAUUGACCUCUAUUCUCACUGUUAACGCACGAGUUGUAAAAGUUGGGGCCAUAUUUGAGAAUGAAAGGUUAAUUAAAUCCUUCCUUGUUGCCAUUGAGGAUGUGAACAGAGAUCCCAACGUUCUACCCGGAAUAAAGCUAGAAGCUUCUAUUAAUAUGACCAAACCACUGGAUGCCUUUGAUAAUUUAAAAGCAGCUCAAUACCUUAUCCAACAAGGUGUCGUGGCCAUAGUGGGUCCUAUGAGGUCAUCAGAUGUGAAAUAUACGCAGCCAUAUUUUUCUGGUUUUCACAUUCCACAAUUCGCUCCAGUGGCAACAGAUCCGACUUUCACCUCUACGCCAGCCAACUUCCCUUACCUCGUGCGAAUGAGUCCGAGUGAUACUAUUCAAUGCCAAGCUUUGGCAGGAAUUAUGAAACAUUAUAACUGGAGUCAGUUCGCUUUACUUGUCUCUAAGGAUGACUACGGUAUUAACGGCGUCUUAGCCCUGAAGGACGAGGCGUAUAAAAGGGGAUGGAUAGUCGUGGCGCAUGAGCAUUUUGAGCCCGUCUCAGAUCCUAAUUCACUUGACGUUAGAAAGCAACUAAAAUGGAUCCGACAAACUGGCACAAGAAUAGUGGUUUUAAAUUGUUAUCUGAGAUACUCAAGACAGAUCCUAAAACAAGCUGGUGACUUAGGGAUGACGACUGAUUGGGCCUGGAUCAUAACGGAUGCACAAACAGGACGGGACUGGCAGACUCUUGGUGGCGAUUUUGUAUUAAAUCAGUUUUAUGGAGUCAUGGGAACACGAUUAGCAUUUGGAGAGGGUUCGCGAUACAAGGAGGUCGCUCAGGAAUGGAAAAGCCAUGAAUACGGUGAACUUGAUGUUGUCACUGGAAAGUGCUAUGAUGCCGUCCUUGCUCUAGCAUCUGCACUUCAUUAUAUGACUUUAGAUGGUUAUGACGUCAGUGGGGACAAGUUGAAAUUUGAAUUUGGCAAGGGCUCAGUUAAACCUUGGAGAAAUGGAGCGAACUUAAUGAAGUACAUUAAAAAGGUCCGUGCCAGUGGCAUUAUGAAUGACUUGGAAUUUAUCGGGGACGGUUCUCCAACUUUUCAGGAAUUUGACAUUGUAAAUUUGGGAAGAACUGGUUUCGUGAAGGUCGGCAAAUGGACGCCAUCGCAAGGAGUUGUCAUGUUUCCAGAAAAACCUGUACUUUGGCUAUCUCAAUCACUAGAGGCCCCGAGUGAUCGGGCAGACACCGUAGAAAACAUCAGCAUUCGAGUUGUUGCUGUGAUACAACCACCUUUCGUGGAGGAGAAAGUUGCUAAGACGGGAGAGAUAAUUUAUACAGGAUUUUGUAUCGAGCUACUCGACAGACUUCAGCAAGACAUGAAGUUUCGGUACAGAAUAGAGGUUUUACCUAGUAACCAGUAUGGUUCAUGGGAUGUUUUCAGCCAGAAGUGGAAUGGGAUAAUCGAACAUUUAAUUGAGAGAAAAGCAGAUCUGGCGAUUGGCCCUCUAUCUGUCAGCUCACAACGGCAAAUAGCCGUGGAUUUCACUCAACCAUUCAUGCAUCUUGGCUUGUCAAUUCUCAUCGAAAACAAAGUCAACGUGGACUACAAGAUGUUCUCUUUUCUGAAACCUUUUAACACAUCCCUCUGGUUGGCCAUUGUCGCAGGCACAAUUUUAGUUGGUUUCUUCUUGUGGCUUCACGCCACGUUCAGUCCACGUGGUUAUCACGGGAGGAUUGCCCAGUCACGAGACCAAAACAGCGUAAGGGACGAUCACUGGAGCACAAAGGACUGUCUUCGGCUGUUCGAGUCCGCGUGGUCAUCGUUUUCUUACACAGUUGGCCAAGGAGCCGACGUAGCACAUCCACAGUCCACAUCUGGGAGGGUUAUCAUCGCCUUUUGGUGGUUUGCCAUGUUGAUAAUAAGUGCGUCUUACACUGCCAAUCUGGCCAGUUUUCUAGUCACGGAUGUCUUUGAGACACCAAUCAAGAGCCUUGAAGACUUAGCUGCCCAAACGAAAAUCAAGUAUGGCUGCGCUAAAGACAGCCACACCAUGGCAUUCUUUCAAAUGUCACGCGUUCCAACCUAUGCAAAGAUGUGGGCAUUUAUGAAACGUCACGACACUUUUGUGGAAAACGUGACCGAGGGUAUCAAAAGAGCGAGAAAGGGUGGAUAUGCUUUCAUAAGUGAGUCAGCUGUAUUGGAUUAUUACACAGAACAAAGGCCCUGCAACACGUUGACCACAAUUGGAAGAGUAUUCGGCAAGUUCGGCUAUGGCUUUGGGCUUCCCAAGAACUCCCCUUUCACACAUCAGUUCAGUGUAAAAAUCCUGGAAUUGAGGCAAAAAGGAUUUCUCAAACUUUUGAGGGAAAGGUGGUUCCAAGGAAUGUGUGAGACGACUUUGCAAGAAUCUUCAGACACGUCCUUCACGGGAGACGUUUUGGUAUUUAAAGACAUGGCUGGUGCAUUUUAUGCUGUCUUCUUUGGCCUGGCUUUCAGCUUGAUUAUACUUCUGAUUGAAUUGACAUGGGCGGCGUACAAAGAUCACAAACAAGGCCAGACUUUCAGCCUCCUACAAGGCUUUCGGGACAGAGUGGUAAAGUCUUGGAAAAACAAACGAGGAAAAUCUCUCAGUCGCUACAAGUAUAAUUCUAAAGCCGAUACCAACUGGAGUAUUGCUCUUCAACAGCUGCAGACACUGCUGCCUAAAAAGGAAGGGGUAGAGGGCAAACCCAAAAUAGGAAACAGGGAUGAACUUCAGGCUAAAAGAGGUUUGCAACAAAACUACGAUGCAACAGAACAUGUUAACCAGCAUAAGAGCACACCGUCGGCCUAUAUAUAACGCACAUUUCAUGUCAGAGAACAUUCCGGGAUAAGCAAUGUUUUUUAUCGUAUCAGAUGCGGCUAGAUCAACAGCCCUGCUUUGGUUUCUUUUUUUCGCAAUAGCGGAUAACUAUUUAUUAUCAUUAUCACAAUAAUUUU